AAAAAAGUGGGGGGGAGGAGGAGGAAAGAUCGUAUUGGAACAUACGACAUUGAUAACGGCCGUGAGGUGGCCCGUCGCUGUCAGACAGAUAAUCCGCGCCCUGUGCCCGUGAAAACAUUAGAAGGCGCGCAACUCUGCGGAAACGGUCUCCAGCCUGAAUCUCUCCGGGCAGCGUUCGCUUUUAUUAGAUCGGCUGCACCGGGUUUCGCCGUUGCUACGAGUCGCUUACAAAGUAUUUGAGUGGGGAGCCACGGGAGAUUGCGAAGAGCAUUUCUACUUAAGCCCUUGACCAAGACAGUUCAACUUCAGUCGAAAGCAUCUUUUUGACCGGGAGUGUGUCUGCUAGUUAGACAUAUAAUCAUCUCGGACAUCAUGAACAAUCACUAUUCACAAUAUUGCCUCCGAUGGAACAAUCAUCAGACGAAUGUGAUAUCCGCCUUCGAAAACCUGCUGCAAGACUCGUCGUUCACCGAUGUCACCCUCGCUGUUGACAGCGGUCUUACUAUCAGCUGCCACAAGAUAGUGCUAGCGGCGAGCUCGACAUACUUCCAGACUCUGUUUCACUCGCUGUCACCUUUGCAUCACCAUCCGGUGAUCAUCCUCAAGGAUAUUGCGUAUAUGGAUUUAAAGGCGAUAUUGGAGUUCAUGUAUCGCGGCGAAGUGAACGUGGUACAUAAUCAACUGCAGGCGUUGCUGAAAACCGCGGAAAUACUGCAGGUGAAGGGCUUGAUGAAAGCUGACAAACAGGAGGGUGUAAUACGGGACACGCCGUCGACAUCGCCGCCGCCGGCUAUCAGCACAAGCACCGGUGGCUGUAGCCACUCGUCGCCGCCGCACUCCACCGGCGUCUAUUCCACCUUUUGCGGGAAAUCCGGGAUGCCAAUUCCAGCCACCUCGUUAUCGUGGCAGUUGCCUUCCAUAACGAGUCAUCAGUACGGGUCAGGCGACGGCAGCGGAUCCUACGACAGCAAUAUCGACACCUCGCUGAUCAAGCGACGGAAAUCGACGCUGCCGUUGUGCCUGGUGAGGAACGAUACGCCGAUACUGCGCACGGUACUCGGCCAGACUCAGGUUGACAGUUCUCAGAAAAUACCGCAGGAGCUGGUCAGCCAUGAGUCGAUGCACUAUCGCAACAUGAACAGUAACGAGUCCGCGAACGACAGUGAUAACCGCCGCACUAGCGACCAGACUCAGGGUGAGACUCCCCACGCCGACGUUUCGUACGCGGAUGAGGACGAGAGGCAGCCAUCUCCACCGUCGUACAGCAGGGAAUCUAUGAGAAACUCAGCACCAGCGGACUGCGUCCAACCGAAGCCAGAGUGGAAACGCUAUAAGCAGUACACCCGAGAGGACAUUUACAAGGCGAUCGAGGCGGUGAAGUCGGGUGAGAGCGCCGUUCAGGCGGCUAAAAAGUAUGGCGUGCCAUCGCGUACACUUUACGACAAAGUGAAGAAGCUCGGCAUUCCAACAUCACGGCCGUCAAUGAAGCGCUCGACGAGCAACGGGGGUAGCACGGCAUGCUUCCCGUAUGGCGUCGGCGCAAACGUGAACGGCGCUCUCUACGACAGCCGCGCUAAAGACAAUACCCUGUUCGAAAAUGAGAAUGAGAGUGGCAGUAGUAACAUGGACGUCGUCGACAGUCUGGCCAGUACUAGUAAUGUGCUUUUUGAGACCAUCUACGACAAGAUAAAGAAGGAGAUGCCGCAGGACCGUGACUCGAUUGCCCCUCGCACCGCGAGUCCGGUGAUACGCUGCGUUAGGAGACAGCAGCAUCAACAGCAGGUCCUAGAUGAUCAAGUAGAGGACCUGUCGGUAAGUCGCAAAUCUGAUGUUCCAGUGAUAGUUCCGCCGUCCACUACAUCGGACGUGAAAGAAGAGGAAACAGGGCUCGAUAACAGCGACGGCGACCACAGCUAACUUGUAGUGUUUAUUUCCCCAAGGAUAUAUUAUAAUGGCUAAGAAAAACAAUUCCUCCGCAACGUAUAUACCAGAAUAGGGAAACAACGAAUACGGAUGUAAAGCGUUACUUGUAACGCUAUUACAAGUUACUUCUGGUAACGACGUCACUUU